CUUAGCCCAAGGCUUAACUUUUUUUCUUAUCAAAACCCUGUCGUUUCAGUUUCUCUUCUCUACCGGCGAUACAUUCUUCCUUUCCCUUCGCCGUCUCCGAUUUUAAUUGAUUUGAGAGAAGAUGUAUGAUAAUGUUGGACCACAGCCUGGUGUGCCUCGUCCACCGAAUGCAGCAGCAGACCCUUUUGGGAAUACAUUUUAUGGGGCAAGUUCGGGAUUCAUUAGAGGUGGACUAGGUGCUUAUGGAGAGAAGAUUCUUGGAUCGAGCUCUGAAUAUGUGCAAAGCAAUAUCAGCAGGUACUUUUCUGACCCGCAAUAUUAUUUUCAAGUCAAUGAUCAAUAUGUGAAGAACAAAUUGAAGGUCGUUCUUUUCCCAUUUCUACACCGGGGCCAUUGGACAAGAAUCUCCGAGCCAGUUGGUGGCAGGCUCUCAUACAAGCCCCCUAUUUACGAUAUAAAUGCUCCGGACUUGUACAUUCCUUUCAUGGCAUUUGGUACCUAUUUGGUUCUUGCUGGCCUAUCAUUAGGACUCCAUGGAAAGUUUAGCCCCGAAGCUCUUAACUGGCUGUUUGCCAAGGGGGUGGUUGGUUGGUUUUUUCAAUUUUGCCUGCUGAAAUUGACGUUGUCCACCUUGGGUAGUGCGGAGGCACCUUUCCUCGACAUGGUGGCGUAUGCUGGAUACACUUUCACAGGACUCUCUCUAGCUGUCUUUGGGAGAAUCUUUUGGAGCUAUGCAUACUACUUUCUGUUACCAUGGACAUGUUUGGGCAUGGGGAUUUUCUUGGUGAAGACGUUGAAACGAGUCCUGUUUGCAGGUUAUGAUUCGACCAGGCAUCAUUAUCUGCUGCUCUUCAUCGCCUUGGCUCAAUUCCCACUCCUCAUUUGGCUGGGUAACAUUAGUCUUAACUGGCUUUUUUAGACACCUAUGACUCCAAAUAUUAGCAAAGAAACAUGAUUUGUGUUGAAUGUAUAACUGUAUCUCCUUUUAUAUAUCUGAAUCUCUAUGAUGGUCUGAA